UCCAAUUUAUUUUCAAAACAACUCAUGGCGUGCUUUGCUUAGCUCCUCGUGGUCGGCAUGGUUUUUGGUCAUCUCGGUGCUUCCAAGUAAUGCGUGACAUAAAAUUGAGCUCACCAGCGGACACUAUGGAGAGCACAACCCCGAUCCAUGAAUAUCCGUUGUUUGCUACCGGUGAUAAUGCUGUUGAUGAGACACAAAAGCAGGAGGCGCAUGUUGCUGAGCCACAGACAUUGUCGAAAAAUGCAGCCAGGAAACUUGCCCGAUAUGAGAGGGUAGUUGCUGCGCGGAAGGCAAAGCGUCGUGAAAAGAAACUUGCUCGGAAAAGCAGAAUAGCUGCAGCAAAGGAGCUAGGAAAUUGUGAUGUCAAGUCGAUUUCUGGUGGCCAGUGGCAGAGGCCUGACAGGCUGCUACAGGAGGAGGCACUCAAUCUUGACUCUUCACCAGGCUCUGAAAUGCCUGCUCCAUGCGUCUGCAUUGACAUGGGGCACACAGAACACAUGAGUGAUAAGGAGCUGAACAAACUGUCAUCACAGUUACGAAGGCUCUAUGGCUCUAAUCGUCAUAGCUACACUCCCUUGAAGCUCCACUUUACUCAUUUCCCUUCAUCUUGCCGUCUUUACAAGAUGUGUGUUGAAAAGCAUCAAGGAUUUGAAAGGUACUCGGUGGAGAUGAGGGCAGAAAGUCAUGUGAGGCUGUUUCCUAAGGAGUCGCUGCUCUACCUGAGUCCAGAUGCACCUGAGGCCCUCCCAAUUACACCCCUGGGAUCCAACACUGUUUACGUCAUUGGGGGCCUUGUGGAUGAAACUGUUCAUAAGAACAUUAGCCUGAGCAGUGCACGGGCAGAAGGCAUUCGGUGUGCACAGCUACCAAUUGAUGAAUUUAUGGAGCGCUGUGGGGGCACAGGUUGCAAGAUUCUUACUGUCAACCAGGUGUUCGACAUCUUGUUGAGUGUACACGAGACUCAAGGGGACUGGGCCAACUCCUUGGCAAAAGUAAUUCCCAAAAGGACAGGUCUUAGGAAGAAGCAGUCUUCCUGACAGGCUGUGAAACAACAAAUCAAGUUUUGGAAGGAAUGUUCAUCGCGCACACAUCACAUUUCCUUUGGGAGGCUGUUUUUGUCAGCUUUCUUGGCUUUACCUCAAUGAUGUAAAUAGUGUAUACUAGAGAGCUUGUGAAGUACUGUUGGAGAAAUACCUAGAUUAUGGCUGGUGGUUAUUGGGAGUUAUUUCAUAUUAACUUUAGGUAGUUUUAGAGCACAUUUGGGUUUAUGAAAACAAGCUCAAGAGCUUGUGCCUGUUGAUUGUGUAUGUGUUGUUUAAUUACAAGAAGCUGAAAUAGCAUUUUAUUAUACAAUCAUUUUUUUAUUACUGCAUUGUGCCAAGGAGUGACUGUGAACUGAAGAAUUGGUGCAGGUAGCCAGUGAUACCUCUGUGUCAGCAUUGUGGUAAACAGUGUAACUACUUC